AUGCAGAAGGAGAUUGCGCGAGAGACCGAACAGGCGAGAGACCGAACAGGCGAGAGACCGAACAAACGAAAGACUGAACCAGCGAAAGACCGAACAGGCGAAAGACCGAACAGGCGAGAGACCGAACAGGCGAGAGACCGAACAGGCGAGAGACCGAACAAACGAAAGACUGAACCAGCGAAAGACCGAACAGGCGAAAGACCGAACAAACGAAAGACUGAACCAGCGAAAGACCGAACAGGCGAGAGACCGAACAGGCGAAAGACCGAACAGGCGAGAGACCGAACAAACGAAAGACUGAACCAGCGAAAGACCGAACAGGCGAGAGACCGAACAGGCGAGAGACCGAACAGGCGAGAGACCGAACAGGCGAGAGACCGAACAAACGAAAGACUGAACCAGCGAAAGACCGAACAAACGAAAGACUGA